CCCUCCUUUUUUCUGCUUUAAAUACAGCCCCUCAGCUUCCCCACCGUUCUCCUCCUCCGUCCACCUCCUUUAAUCCAUCGUCAAAUUUCACACACUCACGCACUCCAAUUACACCGUAGCAUUUAUUAGAACAGAGUAGCGAAACCUAGGGUCAAGGAUUUCGGGAAGACGAAAUGGCAGGAAGAGUAGAUCUGGAUGGGAAUCCGAUAAAGCCGAUGACAAUUUGCAUGAUUGGCGCCGGUGGAUUCAUUGGGUCCCACCUCUGCGAGAAAUUGAUGUCGGAAACGGAGCAUAAAGUCCUUGCCGUGGAUGUCUACAGCGAUAAGAUCAAGCAUUUGUUGGAGCCGGCGUCGCUGCCCUGGGCCGGCCGUAUCCAAUUCCACCGCCUCAAUAUUAAGAACGAUUCCCGCCUUGAAGGCCUCAUCAAGAUGGCAGAUCUUACUAUAAAUCUUGCCGCGAUCUGUACUCCAGCUGAUUACAAUACUCGACCUCUCGAUACAAUCUACAGCAACUUCAUUGAUGCUCUCCCAGUGGUUAAGUAUUGCUCUGAAAAUGGCAAGCGUCUCAUUCACUUCUCUACCUGUGAAGUUUAUGGGAAAACAAUCGGUAGUUUUUUACCCAAAGAUAGCCAAUUGCGACAGGAUCCUGCUUAUUAUGUUCUCAAGGAAGAUACCUCCCCUUGCAUUUUUGGUUCCAUUGAGAAGCAGAGGUGGUCCUAUGCAUGCGCAAAGCAAUUAAUUGAGAGAUUGAUCUAUGCUGAGGGUGCUGAAAACGGUCUUGAGUUUACCAUUGUUAGGCCCUUUAACUGGAUUGGUCCUAGAAUGGAUUUCAUACCUGGAAUUGAUGGGCCCAGUGAGGGUGUUCCAAGAGUUCUGGCAUGCUUUAGUAAUAAUCUAUUGAGGCGUGAGCCCCUAAAACUUGUUGAUGGAGGCCAAUCACAGAGAACCUUUGUUUACAUUAAAGAUGCAAUUGAAGCUGUUCAUCUGAUGAUUGAAAAUCCUGCUAGGGCAAAUGGUCAGAUUUUCAAUGUGGGUAAUCCUAAUAAUGAAGUUACAGUCAGGCAGCUAGCUGAAAUGAUGACAGAGGUUUAUGCAAAGGUUAGUGGAGAGCCUCCACUAGAAGCGGCUACCAUAGAUGUAAGCUCCAAAGAAUUUUAUGGUGAAGGUUAUGAUGAUAGUGAUAAAAGAAUUCCUGAUAUGACUAUAAUCAACAAACAACUGGGAUGGAAUCCCAAAACAUCUCUCUGGGAUCUACUUGAUUCCACCCUUACCUAUCAACACAGGACAUACGCUGAGGCUAUCAGAAAAGCAAUUUCAAAGCCUGUUGCAAGUUAAGAAACAGUAUAGUGUGGUUCUUUCUCAAGUGCUGCUUGUUGGCAGGUCUUGCAAUUCUUUCUACGGAUCUGUUGAGUAUAUCUAUAUGGUUCAUUGUGAUAUAGGCCACAUUUUUUCACUUUCAAAGUGUUACUAGUCCAUAGCGUGCAGUUACAAGGAACAUGAAACUCAAUGUUGGUCUUAAGGGCGGGAUUUUAGUAGGAAGACUUGUGAUGCUUUAUCUAAGACACUUUGGAGAACUAUAGAAGGAUAGAUGUACUGUUUGUAAUUUGUGGUCACUCAUCUGCUGCUUAAUGCAUACCACAACUAUACGGGAUCAUGUUGUAUCAUUUUGUUCUGCCUCUUCAGGCUUCAUUUCCCUAAUAUAUUAUUCUUUUUGUGACUA